AUGGAUGAGUCGGCGGAGGAGAAUUAUCCGGUGAAUGUUGUUGUUGCGGCGGCGAAGAAGAAGAAUAAUUUGGUUAUGGGAUCUGAUGAGUUGUUUGGUAGAGAUGAUGAUGAGGAUAGUAAUAAUAAUAAUAUUAUUAGGGUUUCAACGGUUGUUGUUAAAGAAGCUGUUGAGGUUGAGGAGUCGAUUUUUGUUAGCCCUAGAGCAGCUUCAGCUGCUUCGAUUCAGCAGUGCAGCUCUUUGUUUGCUCAAAAAGAUGAAAUGAGCUCAAUCACCGCUUCGGAGUCAACUUCAUGGGAGAGGGUUUCACCUCUGGAACACCGUAAGCAAGUUAUUCAGAUGCCUAGCUUACCUAAUGGAGACACUUCUAAACAACUCCAUUGUGGUGGCUCAAAUGGUCUUUCAUGGAUUCCUAGACCUGAAGAAGUGCAAGUACAAAGAAGAGGAGGAAAAGUGUCAAGAAAUAGCAGUGGUUGUUCUAAGAGACCACGUUUAUCUCCAUUGGAGGAUUCUACUGGGCCAGCUGGAGCUGAUGACCCAAAGGAUUCGUCUGAUAAGCUAGGUCCUAAUCCAACAAAGAGUGACUCUCAUGAAAAAAAUCAAUGGGGGAAACGAAAGAAUAACUUCAGCAGCAAGCGAGGUGAUAGGAGACACUCUAGAGUUACUGUGAAGACUAAAUAUGAUUCCUUCUCUGUGAAGGCGGGUUUGGCGAGCUUUGGUUCAGCUGCUGGAGGGAACGACUUUUUUGGACUAUGUGGUUUGAAGACGGAUGUUCAUGACAUCACGAAGCUGGUGCACGAUAUAUCAUUGAACGAUCUUCUCGAUGGCACCUAUGAGUGUCCUAGCUUAGGAAAAGACAAGGGGAAGAAAGCCACAAAUACGACUGAAAGUUUUCUGCAUUCAGUUGGAAAGGCUUGCCUUAUUCUUCAGUUUCCCGGGCCUGCUCAGUUCCAGAAUUUUGUUGAGACAGAUGUCUGUUCCAGCGAGAAAAUACCUACAUGCCCAUCUAAUUCUGUUUCUAUUGUGGAAAAUGGAGAUUCUUCAGCAACUGAUAUCUCUUCAUCUAACAAGGAUUCUUGCAACAAGCCUGAAACUCCUGCUAAUUUGCUUGAUUUUUCGUUUGACCAACCUAAAGAUACUUUGGAACGGUUGGCACUUCCUCCACCCAAGGAUCUGGAGUCCUUGCUUCUGGAUGCAACAAAGCAUCCUGCAUCGUCAAGGCAUGGCCCUGAUCCACGUCCAGGGAAGCAAACAUCACGCCGAGCUAGCUUGCCAGCUUUUCCCUGGUCACACACUUUCAGUGGGCACUCAAGAACUAAUUCUGACGCAGUUAAGUGUUUGUCAAGUAGAAGUACAUGCCAAGGUAGAUGGGUAAGAAUAGGUGACAGUUUCAAUUCUCCUGGGUCUGCCUCUGAUUGCUUUACGAACUUGGAGUCACUUGCUUAUGAUGAGACCUUAGUUCCUUCACAAGGACCAAAGUUGGCUGUUGUAGAAAAUAAUGUUGAUUCAUCAAAACCUUGUUGUGGGUGGGGUUUGUCAUCAUCAUCGGCUUUUAUAACAUCCCAUGUUCUGCAAGAAUCUGAAGGUAACCUAAAGUCUCAAGGAAAAGUUGAACAUUGUCCAAGACUGUUGGAGGCUGCUCAAACCUUGUAUGACAUUGCCACUCACGUUGCUACGCAAAACCAAGAUGGAAUAUUUAGGUGGCCUAAAAAGCUCUCGCAAAAGGCAAUGAAAGCUCGCAGGGCAAAAUCAAAUGAGAAACCAGAAGAUGUAUUUGCAGCAUCAACUUCAUCAAUGGGGUCCGACCAUAUGAUGUCAAGAAGUGGUGUGGACCAGAUAACGGCCUCCAAGAAGCCUAAACUCUCAACAAUUGGGAACAAAAAGGAUCUUGGUCAUAUCAACGGUCUUAGGAAAGGGCCGAUAAAUUGGUCUACUCCAAAAUCAAGUAGAUCAUCUCCCAAUAAAUCAAUUGGAGACUCAAUUACAGAAAGUAGACAUUCUUCUACUUACAUCUUAAAGCAAUCGUGUAUGAUGCCUCCACCUGCAAAGGUUCUGAAUAGAACUUACAAUGGUCAACCCAAGGUUCGAAAAUUGAUGCAGAUGGAUUGA